AUGAUUCUUCUAACGAUUGUAACAGUUUGUGGUUUCUGUAGGGUCUUGAAGCCAAAUAAAGUUGCUUUCAAUAGCAUGAUUCUUUCAGCUAUGAGGACAUGCUCAAUUUCUGGGAUUCACACUCUUUGUCCUAAAUCAAGCGCUUCAGUUUCUUUAAGGUCUAUGAACGCAAGCUCACAGUCCUUUUCUACCACUGAUUCACCACUCAUCACUUUAACAACUUCACUCAUUCUUUAUCCCCGUUCAUCAAUAGUUGUGUCAAGCCAUCUCUCCCCAUCAGAUAUUCCCCAGAAAUCAGAAGAAUGGUUUGCUUUACGGAAAGACAAGUUAACCACUAGUACUUUCAGUACAGCGCUCGGCUUUUGGAAGAAAAACCGGCGUUCUGAGCUCUGGCAUGAGAAGGUAUAUGACUUAGACUCACGAGUCGUGGAUGAUUCUGCACGGUUUGCAAUGAACUGGGGUGUACAGAUGGAAUCAGCUGCGAUUGAUAGGUACAAAAGAAUAAUGGGAUGUGAGGUUGGCUCAAUGGGAUUUGCUCUUCACUCCCAAGAGCAGUUUCACUGGCUUGGUGCUUCCCCGGAUGGAAUUCUCGAUUGCGGUAUUCUAGAAGUGAAAUGCCCGUACAACAAAGGCAAAACCGAUACUGUAUUACCGUGGUCCAAAGUGCCAUUCUAUUACAUGCCUCAGUUGCAGGGUCAAAUGGAGAUAAUGGACCGGGAAUGGGUCGAUUUGUACUGCUGGACACGGAAUGGAAGCGCGGUUUUCCGAGUGAUGAGAGACCGAAGCUAUUGGGGAAUCAUACAUGAGGUAUUAAGGGAGUUCUGGUGGGAGAAUGUGAUUCCUGCAAGGGAGGCUUUGUUGUUAGGGAAGGAGGAUGGGGUAGUGAAAUCAUAUGAGCCAACAUCUACGCACAAGCGAACCGGGCUUGCCAUCGCCAAAAGCAUAAGUUUGGCUGCGGAAUCAAAACUAGUAUGCAGAGAAAUCGCUGAUCAUGUUGAGUUCUUUAGAUGA